AUGGCCGAACAAAAGAUCACAAAUUGGGUAGCACCUAAUGAUAAGUCAGGAGAAUUCAAGAGAGGACAAUCUCAAUUCCGAAAUUUCAUCAAGAAAGGAGGAGAGUUUCCACCGGAGAAAGGAAGAUAUCAUCUCUAUGUAUCAUACGCAUGCCCGUGGGCCCAUCGCGCAUUGAUCGUACGCAAACUCAAAGGUCUCGAAGAUAUUAUUCCAUAUACAAGUGUACAUUGGCAUAUGGCAGAAAAGGGGUGGCGAUUUGCGACUGCGGAGGAUAAUGAUGCCCCGGGAGAGAACGUUACUUCUUCUCCAAUUGAAGGGCACAAAGGAUUCACACAUUUGAGAGAUAUCUAUUUCCAGGUGGAUCCAGAAUAUACUGGGAGAUUCACGGUUCCGACUCUUUAUGAUGUGAAGCAGGGAAAGAUCGUUAGUAAUGAGAGUAGUGAGAUUAUUAGGAUGUUCUAUACUGAGUUUGACGAUAUCAUUGCCCCGGAAUACCAGAAUGUCGAUCUCUUUCCUGCGAAUCUACAAAAGGAAAUUGAAGCUACCAAUGAAUGGACAUACAAUGACAUCAACAAUGGAGUGUACAGAUCUGGUUUUGCUACCAAGCAGGAAGCAUAUGAGAAAGCCGUUACCCAACUCUUCACAUCUUUGGAUCGGGUAGAAAAACAUUUGAGUGAGAACGAGGGACCGUAUUAUUACGGAAAAAAUAUUACCGAGGCGGAUGUCAGGUUGUUCACUACGAUUAUUAGGUUUGAUGUUGUUUAUGUGCAACAUUUCAAGACAAAUCUUCGGGAUAUUCGAUCAGGAUACCCAUAUAUCCAUAAGUGGUUGAGACACUUAUACUGGAAUUCUCCAGCAUUUGGAGAGACAACUGAGUUCACUCACAUUAAGAACCAUUAUACGAAGAGUCAUACUCAGAUCAAUCCAUAUGGUAUUACUCCUGUGGGACCCGAGCCACCUAUUUUGAGAGAAGAUGAAGAAGUUCCAGCUGUGAAAUGGGCUUUAAGUUCGAGGAAAUGA